AUGCGUGCUGGUUUCAUCUCCCUCCUGGCCCUCAACGCCGCUGGCGUUUUGGCUGCCCCGCAAGCCACCACUGUUGACUCGUCUGCACCCGAGGUCACCAACCUCGAUCAGCUCGCUGAUCUCGCUGCUGCGGCGUAUGAGACUGCCCAGGACCUCGCUGGGGAUAAGACCAAGCGUGCCAGCACCUGCAACUGGAGCAACGUCCGUGUUCGACGAGAAUGGGGCACCCUCUCAAAGAAAGAGAAGAAGUCUUACAUCGACGCUGUCAAGUGUCUCCAGUCCAAGCCUUCCAAGUCUCCUGCGUCUUUCGCUGCUGGUGCCAAGACGCGUUUCGAUGACUGGGUUGCUGUGCAUCUUAACCAGACUCAGACGAUCCACUACACUGGCAACUUCCUCACAUGGCACCGAUACUUCACUUGGCUGUACGAAGAGGCUCUUCGAAAUGAGUGUGGCUACAAGGGAACUCAGCCUUACUGGGACUGGUCUCUUACUGCCCUCAGCGGCCUCAACAAAUCUCCUGUCUUCGAUGGCAGUGACUUGUCGCUCUCUGGUGACGGUGAAUUCAUCCCUAACGAGCCCGAUAUCAUUCUCGGUGCCUCAAGUGGUCUCCCCCCCGUCUACCUUGCCGCUGGCUCUGGCGGCGGCUGUGUCAAGUCCGGCCCUUUCAAGGACAUGAAGGUGAAUCUGGGCCCUGCCGCUCUUGACCUCCCCGGUGGUGGUGUCGCUGCCAACCCCAACCCUCUGGACUACAACCCUCGCUGCUUGAAGCGCGAUCUCAGCGACUCCGUCAACAAGCGUUUCGCCAACGCUACAUCUGUUCUUAACAACAUCCUCAAGCCCAAGACUGUUCUGGACUUCCAGAUGCAGAUGCAGGGUGUUCCCGGCACUGGCGACAUUGGUAUCCAUGGAGGUGGCCACUACUCUCUCGGUGGUGACCCCGGUCGAGAUGUCUUCACUUCUCCCGGUGAUCCUGCUUUCUACCUGCACCACUCUAUGAUUGAUCGCGUCUGGUGGAUCUGGCAGAUGCUUAACCCCAAGGAGCGUGUCAACGGCAAGAAUGCCGUGCAGGGCACAAAUACUUUCCUCAACAUGCCUCCCAGUGCUGAUACUACACUUGAGGAUUAUGUCAACAUUGGCUGGGUUGGACCUGAGCGACAGAUCAAGGAUCUGAUGAGCACGCUUUCCGGACCAUUUUGCUACGUCUACCUGUAG